AUGGAGAAGCUCACCAGCAAACGCGUUCUCCCUGCCGGUUUCGACGAGAAGACGUUCGACCAGGCUUUGGACGCUCUCUCUCUAGUUGUAGGUGCCGACAACGUCUCGCGUGAUGGCUCGCACGGCAGCGUUGAAGGUCCGAACGGGGAGAAAUCAUAUGGAGAUAUUUGGCCUUUGGCGAAUCCCACGGACCAUACACCCAGCGGUGCAGUUAGACCUGCCACGGUUGAGGAUGUCCAAGGCGUGCUCAAGGUCGCGAACCGUUACAGACUGCCGUUGUGGACUGUAUCACGGGGGCGGAAUCUAGGUUACGGCGGAAGUGGCGCUGUCGUGCGAGGAACUGUGGUUCUGGACUUGCAACGAAUGAACAAAAUCAUCGAAGUGAACGAGGAGCUCGCCUACGCCAUCGUUGAGCCGGGAGUAUCCUUUUUCGACCUUUACAACUACAUUCAAGAAAGGGGUUACCGCCUCUGGCCAUCCUGCCCGGCACUUGGGUGGGGUUCAAUCGUGGGCAACACGCUUGACAGAGGAUUUGGCUACACGCCAGAGGGUGAACAUUCGCAGCAACAGUGCGGGAUGGAGUUAGUCCUGCCAUCGGGUGAGGUAGUCAGAACUGGGAUGGGCGCAUUCACGGGCAGUCCAAUGUGGCCAUUAUACAAAGGUGGAUACGGGCCUAGCGUAGAUGGCCUCUUUUACCAGUCCAACCUAGGCAUUGUCACCAAACUCGGGAUUCACAUUACCCCAGCACCUGUCUGCUUUAUGGACUGUGAGAUUAGUGUGCCGCACGAAAGUCAGCUCGGGCUCUUGAUCAAAACCGUGGGGACUCUUGAACGAGAAGGAGUCGUUCAAAACCACACAUCCAUCGCCAAUCCUUACCACAAGGAUGCCCUGCAGCGAGUGUUCGGCCCUGGCAUGCAAGGAAGUUGUGCCUCCAAUAGAGACCUGACACUUCUUGCGCAUGAGGCAGGGUUGGGCUACUGGAAGGCGUCGUUUGCCAUAUACGGAUUCUCUCCCAUUGUUCUGGAUGCCCAAUGGAGCAUUGUUCAGGAACGAUUUGGCGCUUUGCCGGGAGCGAUCUGUACAUGCCAACGAUAUGAGAACAAAGACGGUGGGAGACGGGAUGCCUCAAAACUGCCUUUGGCUGAAAUCCCCCAUGCUGGGACACUUAACAUCGUUGCUAAAGAAUUAAUGAAUGUCCGCGGCCCAGGUGGUGGGCACAUCUGCUUUUCCCCCCUUUUCUCGUCGGACGGCAUGGAGCUGCAAGAAUGGUGGACCAGGGCACGAGAUAUAGUCGAGAACGCACAGUUCGACGUAUUCUCAGACUUCCAUGUCUACGGGCGCUACGUCAUCGCUAUUCUGCUUGUCGUGUAUGGGCCCAAUGAAGGGCCAAGAGCCAGAGUCAUGUUUGAACAACUUCUGGAAGAUGGAAGAGAAAACGCGGGCGUCUCGGAGUAUCGGGCUCACAUCGACUAUAUGGAUGAGGUUAGAAGCCAUUUCAACUUCAACAACGGCGCGCUCAAUCGCUUGGUUGACACAAUCAAGAACACGCUUGAUCCAAAUGGUAUCCUAUCCCAGGGUAAAUCAGGGAUUUGGACAUAUCUCAAGAAGCCCAACUUGCAACGAGCAGGCCCGAAAUCACUCAGGCAUUGUACUUCAAACACGCCGUCGAAGAAAAGCGAAGAAUUUCCUUGA